GACUCCCACCUGAACCGUGCCCAGGGGAGACUACCUGCGAGCUGGGUGUGUUUUUGCCGCUGUUCCGCUCCUGACCUACUUCUUCCACAGAUAUUUCAAGAAUUUGGAUACUUGAUAGUUGCCAUUAUUAGCAAGGAUCAUGCUCUCUGGAGAUACAUCAUGGGAGCUGUCCAUUCAGGUGGACCUAAGAGAAGGAGAGAUGGAGUCCAUGAAAUUUAAGCUUCGAGUCAAAGGAGAUCUACACAUCGGUGGUCUAAUGCUCAAAAUGGUUGAAAAGAUAAAGGCACCCCAGGACUGGUCCGAUCACGCCCUGUGGUGGGAACAAAGGAAAUGCUGGCUCCUGAAAACUCACUGGACCCUGGAUAAAUAUGGCAUUCAGGCCGAUGCACACCUGCACUACACUCCUCAACACAAGCCUCUGUUACUGCAGCUCCCAAACAUGAAAACCGUCAGAAUGACUGUCAGUUUCUCCAAUGUGGUCUUCAAAGCUGUGUCCGAGAUCUGUCAAAUCCUAAACAUAAGAAGAUCAGAGGAGCUGUCCCUCCUGAGGCCUCCUGAAGACAAGAAAAAGAAGAAGAAAGACAAAAACUCAGCACUGGAGGAGCUCUGGGACAUAGAUGUGCUCACGAAAGGGGCAGGAGGCUCAGGUCCCAUGUACAGUAAAACCAUGACAGCCACAUAUGACCCAGAGAAUGGGAUGCCCCUCUCCGCCACCAGUCUGUGGUUCGGAGAAAACCCUCUCGCUGAAAGUCAACCUAACCUGCCCCCCGCUGAGCUCGCCAAGAUAUACCAGCCCCUCUCUCUGGUGGACAAGGCCCACAACAACGCAGGUUGGCUGGACUCCUCUCGUUCUCUGAUGGAGCAGGAUGUUUUUGAAGAUGACAAGAUGCUACUUCGUUUCAAGUACAAUGUCUUCUUUGAUCUUAAUCCCAAAUAUGAUGCGGUGAGGAUUACCCAGCUCUAUGAACAGGCUCGCUGGUCCAUUCUGCUUGAAGAGAUAGACUGCACUGAAGAAGAAAUGCUGAUGUUUGCUUCUUUACAGUAUCACAUUUGUAAGCUGACCAUGACAAGUGAACCACAAGACAAUUCAGAUGAACCUGAAAUUGACGAAGUUGAAGCUGCUUUGUCCAACCUGGAGGUGACUCUGGAGGGAGGACACGCAGACAGGAUCCUGGAAGACAUCACGGACAUACCAGAGCUGGCAGAUACCCUCCGGCUGUUUAAACCAAAAAGACUGACCCUUAAGCCAUACAAAGAUUACUGGUUUGUGUUCAAAGACACCACUAUCUCCUAUUACAAGAACAAGGAAGCAGCACAGGGAGAACCCAUAGACCAACUGCAUUUACGAGGCUGUGAGGUGGUUCCUGAUGUAAAUGUGACAGAUAAGAAGUUUGGUAUAAAGCUGCUGCUCCCAGUGGCUGAUGGGAUGAACGAGGUAUACAUCAGGUGUGACAAUGAAAACCAGUAUGCAAAGUGGAAAGCUGCGUGCAUUCUCGCGUCCAAAGGAAAGACGAUGGCCUACAGCUCGUACAAGUCAGAAGUGAAGAAUAUUCAGUCCUUUUUACAAAUGAAGAGUCUAGCGCCACCUCCUGGUCAAGAAGCUCCUGAUGUUGAGGCCAUGGACAUGAAUGCAGAAUGUUUUGUUUCUCCACGUUAUGCCAAGAAGCACAAAACUAAACAGCUGACGACUCGACUGUUGGAGGCUCAUCAAAACAUUGCGCGUCUGUCGCUAAUGGACGCCAAGAUGCGCUUCAUUCAGGCCUGGCAGUCGCUCCCAGAGUUUGGCAUCAACUACUACAUCGUCAGAUUUAAAGGAUGCAGGAAGGAUGAAAUCUUGGGCAUCUCGUACAACCGGAUGAUUCGAAUCGACAUGUCCUCCGGGCUGCCUGUCACAACAUGGAGGUUUGCCAACAUGAAGCAGUGGAACGUUAACUGGGAAAUCAGACAGGUGACCAUAGAAUUUGACCAGAAUGUGUCGAUAGCGUUUUGCUGUGUGAGCUGCGACUGCAAAGUGGUCCAUGAGUUCAUCGGAGGAUAUUUCCUCUCCACACGAUCCAAAGACCAGAAUGAAACUCUAGACGAAGAACUGUUCCAUAAACUCACUGGGGGUCAAGAAUGAGGAGACACAGCCUAACUUCUGUCUGAGCUGAUGCCACUGUGGCUCAAAAUGCAUGUAUAAUAGAAAUGCAUUAGUUUUAUAUUAGCCUCUGUGCCCAAUAGCGUCCAGAAACAUCACUGUUAGCGUCACUACUUCCUGUCCAGGUUUGAGGUUUUUGCUGAGUCAAGCUAAAAUGAAUAAAUAUUUAAAGAUAAAGCAGUGAACAUGGAGCUGGGUGGAUGUCACUGACAACCUGUUAAAAAGUACACAAAUGAAAUGAAUACUGCAGCAGAGGACACUUCAGUGUUUAGAAAGACAGAAUUGUGUGUCUCAGUGCUAAUGCUAAUGCUAAUUUUGAGGCACAAGACCACACUCGCAAGACUGAAGUGCCACAGUGUACAUAUAUGACAAAAUUAUCUUGUGAGAUUUUUAUUUUUAUGCGUUUACAUUUGAAUUGGAUUAAAAAAAAAAGGGUGAAUUGGUGGCGAGUGUGUUACAUCGCUUGAGAAGUAUUAGUUAUAAGUCAAGCAAAAAUAGUGAAGCCAGAAUUGUACUGAACCACAAAAUUUAUUCAUUUUAAGUUAUCAAAUCUUGUUUUAUGUUUUGUUUUGUUUUUUCUCACGGACCCAAUCUUGUGUCUUGUCCCAUCCCUACUCAUAAUAUUUUUUAUAGACAAUGUCACUUUACAUUUUGGUGCAUUCUUCAUUCACUUUUCACCAGCUAAACCAUCACGCAGUCACAGUAGCAGAUUUAUACAGCAAGGUGGGUGAAGUGUCUUGCUAUAACAGAACACAUUGCUAGUGGGUAUUGAACUGCCAACUUCUACCAACAGAUCAACAUCUGCCCUAAGUCAAAGUCCAAAAGCAUUUCAUUUCCUGCAAUCAUGAACUCCAAUUGUUGCUUUUAUUUGAAUUUUAUACCAGUGUUAAUGUCAUUUUUUCUAACAGGACUAAUGUAAAUACGUCUCUCACUUCAUGCAUUGCUGACAUUUUGUGAAGACUUUUUUUGGUGCAAACAUUAAAGUGUUUUUAUAACUUGUUUUUAAUUAUA